ACCGAGCAGCUUUCCCUGCUUGAGAGCGCUCGUGCCUACUUUUUUUCUCUGAACGACAGAAACCCUUUUUUUCAGGUUCGAAGUUACGUUAAAAUCGCCAGAAAAAGCUUUUGUGUUUCAAAAUUACAGCAUUUGCGGACGUGACAGCUUGGAUCUCGGCCGAGCAGUGACUGAACAAGACCAGUAAAAGAUGUGUGUGUGAGUACGGGGAGCUGUAUUUUUCUGCCGUUUCGGUCAAGGUUCUUGUUUUUCUUUUCUUCUUUUUUCUUGGAUUUUAGCAGUUGAAUGGCGGGCAGCAGCGAUGGGUGAGAGACAUGCCUUGCCUUGGGGCAUGGCAAGCCUGGAUCAACAUCUCUGACAAAGCACAGGAGUGAUGAGUGGUGCUAGUUCAACGCCUCUGAAGGAUCCCUUUCUUGACUGUCAGAUCACACUGAGCUACAUUUGAAUGAACUUUAUAAGGUGAUUCCCAACACUUCUGAUUCCAUCCACCAGCCUCAGCUGUCCCUGAAUGUUUUUAGGUGCUCCUGACUCACAACCGCGCACCAAGCAUGAGAAGCACCAGAACAAACUUGCUGCUGGCCUGCGUGCUCUUGUGCUCUGUGUCCCUGCUGUACUUGGGAAUGAGCGGAGGUGGCUGUCCUCCAAAAAGCCAUCGCUACAGAUGGAUGGAGCUCAACCUCCACUCGGGCAACCAGAACCUGUCCCUGACCGAGCAGAUUCCCGAAGACACGCCCAUCAUCUUCAUCGGGGGCUUUCCGCGAAGCGGCACCACUCUGAUGCGUGUCAUGCUGGACGCCCACAAUGCCGUGCGCUGUGGGGAGGAAACUCAAGUGAUUCCCCGUCUCUUGACAAUGAGAGCCAGCUGGAGCAAAUCGGCUAAGGAGCGAAUACGACUUGACGAGGCAGGCGUCACUGACCAAGUGCUGGACUCAGCAGUACGAGCAUUCCUAUUGGAGGUCAUAAUUGGUCACGGGGAGCCAGCACCUCGCCUUUGCAAUAAGGACCCCUUUUCACUGAAAUCUCUCUCUUAUUUGGCCCGCAUUUUCCCUAAAGCAAAGUUUGUCCUCAUGUUAAGAGAUGGGCGAGCAACUGUUCACUCCAUGAUUUCACGCAAGGUGACCAUAUCUGGGUUUGACCUGACCAGCUACAGAGACUGUCUGACCAAGUGGAACAGUGCAGUGGAGACCAUGUUCAGCCAGUGCCAGGCCGCUGGGGAAGUCAGAUGCAUGGCCAUUCGUUACGAGCAGCUCGUUCUUCACCAAGAGCUAGAAAUGAGGAAGUUACUCAACUUCCUUGAACUGCAGUGGGAUCCGUCAGUGUUGCACCAUGAAGAGCUGAUUGGAAAGGCUGGUGGUGUGUCUUUGUCAAAGGUGGAGCGCUCAACAGACCAGGUGAUGAAGCCUGUGAACACAGAAGCCCUCUCCAAAUGGGUGGGCCACGUUCCCUCUGAUGUCAUCAACGACAUGGCGGAAAUUGCACCAAUGCUGGCUCGUCUGGGAUACGACCCCCACGCCAACCCCCCUGACUAUACAAAAGCAGAGUCCACGGUUUAUCCUUUCAACACCUCACAGGGAGCAAAGGCAGCAGACACUCUUCACCAGAGUUAAGCCUGGCUCUCAUUCCACAACAGGGACACACCUUGAACAUGAACUUCCACCUCAGCAGUAUUAACACUUAACAUGUAUGUCUGUGUUACACGUUUAGAAUUGUUCUCGAGACUUGCAGUGUCCACGUCUGUGCACCGCUGAGGCGAUGGUUCAUGUCUUUGCAGGUCUGCAGCUCUCUCAUCCAGAGUGGACUGUCUGCUCAGGGAAGAUUGCUGCUUCUUACAGUUCAUCUCCAUGGUGUUUGCUGUGUCUUUUGAUACUCUCUUUUAGCAUGUUUUAAGUUGUUUGUAAUUUCAUCAAAAUAGGAAUGUUUCUACAAAAGGCAAGCAGCGGUUCAUAAAAUACAUAAAGAACUGUAUAUUUUUGAAAAUGUAUGUUUAUUUUCUUACUAAAUUAUGUUGUUUUUUUUUAACCAUGCAUUGAGAAUUGUUGUUAAAUACUAAUAAAAACAUUCUGAAUGUCACCUUGUGCUUGAAUUCUCUGGCAAAAGCUAUGGCGCCCCCUGGUGGUACUGUGAGAUACUAAUCCUAUUCUACAAAGAAACGCGUUUUACUCAGAAAUGAACAAAUGUCUUCCCUCCGUUUCAUUUUAUGGUUCACGGUGAGCUUCAUUUCUUGGUGUUAGUGCGUCCUGCGGUAGAUUUUGCUCUUCUGUGGGCAGAAAAGGAGGCCACUCACACCUGGUGCUUGAUGGCUGGACUGGAAAGGGUGGCGGUUCUGAGCCACACCUGGUCAUGUAGUAGAAACACCUGGAAAACUGGAAGAUGAACGGAACACACCUUAUUAAAGGAGACUGGUUUGUUCUGGACCCCUAAUAGAUACAAGCAAUCAAAUCAUUGAUGGACCCACAGAAGACGAGCGCUGAUGUCGGAGGUCAAGCUGCAGACGGACCCGCGUCUCCACGCCCCGGACAGCCAGCAGGAUCCUCCCGUAGCAGAAGAACAUGAGCAGCAGCGGCAGGAGCAGGCAGAAGAUGAACAGACAGAUGACGUAGGAGCGAGCCGAGCCCGAACGCUGCUGCCACUGGACCGAGCAGAUGGUCCCAGGACCCUCAGGGCCAUAACUGCUCCACAAACACAACAACAUAAUGUUUCACAGCUUAAUGCUGGUGGAAUGAAGCUGUAAUACUUGCCAAAACUU